GCUGUACACUACGGUCAACUGCAAACCGGGCCCGCGGCACCAGAGCGUACGUACAAUCUCUGCACUUCUUACUCCGACUUUCGGCUUGCACCACCCUCGGAGAACGACAUGGCGCUUUACAAACGUUACGCCUCGCUCGAGCCGUUGGGUGUCGCGCCCGAAAAACCCGUCUCUGGUCUGAUGCAGGGGGUUAAUCCGGCCUCGCUGAAAACAUACACCGACGUGGUCAGGCUCUCCAGAACUGGUGUCUGCUCUGUCCCCUACGAGUCCUUCCUCAUCUACGUGCAGACGGUCCGAGAAAAGGGUCGCCUGAAUUGUUGA